AUGGGAAGUAGUAUUAGUUGUAUUACAGAGGAUAGUAUGUCAAAUAAGCUGCUGCCUGCUGCUGUUGUGUCUUCCCGCUCAAGGCACACUGCCACGUUAAUUUUCUUACAUGGAUUGGGUGAUACAGGACAUGGCUGGUCAGAUGCUUUGAGGUCGUAUGUUCCAGAUCAUUUCAAGAUAAUUUGUCCUCAUGCGAAUUCAAUAGCAGUUACACUUAAUGGAGGCAUGCGUAUGCCGGCAUGGUAUGACAUAUAUGCUCUGAGUGAAAAUGCUAGGCAGGAUGAAGCAGGGAUUAAAGAAGCGUCAAAUGAAUUAGGAAAAUUUGUUGAUGAGGAAGUGAAAGCUGGAAUUCCUAUUGGGAAUAUAGUUAUCGGAGGGUUCUCACAAGGUGGUUCGGUAGCUCUUUAUAAUGCACUAACGGGCACUAAUCGAUAUGGGGGAGUUAUUGCUUUCAGCUGUUGGCUUCCGCUUCAUACAAAGUUCAUGACAUCUCCCUCACUCUUGACCAUGCCCAAGGAAGUUCCAGUUUUCCAGUGCCAUGGGUUACAAGAUUGUACAAUUCCUUUUGCUAUGGGCAAGUUGACCCAUGAGUUGUUGAAAACUUUCCAACUGUCAAAGUGUGAACUUAACAGCUAUCCUGUUCUGUCUCACUCCUCAUGUGAACAGGAAAUGGAAGAUUUGCGAACAUUCUUGACAAAAAAACAUCCCGGGAACUCAGUGAUGCAAUGUAUGGUGUAUGUAAUAUCACAACUUUUCUAUCGCCUGGAACUCUGGUUAAUUUCUAUGUUUGUGUACUCUGUAAUUCCGACUUUUCUUUGUUCACUUCCAGUGUACUAUUCCCUUGCACAUACGCAAAAUAUAUGUUGUGCUUCUAUAAUGCAAGUUUGUUUUCUGUCCCCUGCUUAG